GGGAGAAAAAUUCUCUCCUUUUAUUUUAUUUUUCUCACCAAUGCAUAGCAAUUUCCUGGAACGCGUUGACGUAGAAAAACUCUCACAAAGAAAAUGAAUUUCUUGAAAGUGUCUCCUCCAUCUUCUUCUCUAAUGUCUCUUGCAUUCACCGCCGAGACAAGACCCACAUUAAGUUUUCUCUCCCUCUCCAUUGCUUCCAAGCAUUCAUUUGUAAGAUGCAACUCUCAUUUCUCUUUUAUUUAUUUUCUUGUAAAUUUCCUCUUUCAUCACAACUGUGUUCACAUCUAUCGACAGCUAGAACUAUGCUUAAUCUGCGUUUUUUUUACUUAAUUUAAGUAAUUUUGUCUUAAUUUUUCUUCUUGGGUUUGCGGAAAGAACAGUUCUUGCUUUCUGGGUGUUCAGUUAAGUGUUAGUGUUUAUGGGUUUUUCAUGUUUGUUGAAAAGUUUCAGUUGGGUAAUUGAAAUAUUGAGUUAUGCUUUAAUGGGGCUGAAAUAGCUGGGAGUAUUAGUUUGUUGUUGAGUUUCGAAUUGGAAUUAUAAGAUGGCUAAGCUAUUGAGCAAAAUUUUGCCUGCUGCUCGAUCAACUAAGGAAGAAGAAUAUGAUGAUUAUAAUGAAUAUUCGUGCUCAUUUGCUAUGGAGUACUCUGGCCCUUCAAUCAGUCAUGAAAUUCCCCGAGCACUGCCCAUCGAUGUUAGCCAAAUCCCGAUCGCUGUCAAACUUGCCUCAGCCUCAUCGUUGAAUGACGUGUCUUUGCCAGUUAUUCAACCUAUUAGAAAGUCUAAAGCAUCAGAUAAGAAACCGUCCAAGGAGCUAAAAGUAGGCACAAAUGGGGUCUUGAAUAGCCAUGAUGUGCGAAGUGAAUCAUCCAAUGGGUUAGAUAAAUUAAGUACAUUAGGCUGUGCAGAUGGCAAUGAGUGUGGAUCCAAAUUAUCUAAUGUAAUCCCAAGUUCUGGUAGACUGGAAUUAGAAAAUGGUGACAAGUGUGGAACCAAGUUACCUGAUGAAAAACAAAGCUCUGAUAAAAUGGGAUUUUGUAAUGGCUGUGAUAAUUCUCACGAAUUAUCUGGAAGAUUGCAAAGGAUGGAAUCUUCUGAUGAUAGUAAUGAUGCAGGAGGUGCAGAUUUUCAAAAUUAUAUGAAUCCCACAAACUGUGAAUCAGUGGAAUCUGAUUUAACUUCCAAUUCUGUAUCAUCUGAGAUUUUUUCUGGCAAAGAGGAGGACUGUGUUGAAUCAACUCCCUGUCAUGUCAAGAGGCCAUCAACUGUAACUUUCCGAGACCCUGAAUCAAGCAGUGUGACUGAGGAUGAAUCUGAUAUAUCCACAUCUGAAAGUGAUAUCCCCGCAAGGAAAAUGGCUGUAAGGCCUGGAAAGAAGGGGGCAUGCUAUCGAUGCUUGAAAGGAAAUAUAUUUACUGAGAAGGAGGUUUGCAUUGUCUGUGGUGCAAAAUAUUGUUCUAAGUGUGUCUUGAGAGCAAUGGGAUCAAUGCCAGAAGGAAGAAAAUGUGUGACUUGCUUUGGUCACAAGAUUGAUGAGGGGAAACGAAAGACCUUGGGGAAAUGUUCUCGCAUGCUAAAGCAACUAUUGCCUGCAGUAGAAGUUGAACAAGUAAUGAGUUCUGAAAGGUCAUGUGAAGUAAAUCAACUACCACCAGAGCUUGUUUAUGUCAAUUGUCAGCGUCUUUCUGCACAGGAGCUAUUCCAAUUGCAGAACUGCCGGAACCCACCAAAAAAGCUAAAACCAGGUUUCUAUUGGUAUGAUAAAGUCUCUGGUUUCUGGGGAAAGGAAGGACAGAAGCCUUGCCAAAUAAUUACUCCCCAGUUGAAUAUUGGGGGCCACAUACAACGGGGUGCAAGUAAUGGAGACACAAGUAUUUUGAUAAAUAAUCGUGAGAUCACUAAAACGGAAUUAUUGAUGCUGAAGAUGAUAGGAGUGAAAUGUGAAGGAGCAACUCACUUUUGGGUUAGUGCAGAUGGAUCCUAUCAGGAAGAGGGAAUGAAUAAUGUAAAAGGGAAAAUAUGGGAAAGGAAAAGAGCUAGGUUAAUUUGCGCUGCUUUUUCUUUGCCAACUCCUCCUGAUUCUGACAGUCCUAGUGGAGAAGAAGGGAAUAGUGCGGUCCCAAAAGGCUUUGACCAGAAAAUACUAAAUAAACUUCUGCUUGUUGGCUAUGGAAAAUCUGGAACAAGUACCAUAUUCAAGCAGGCAAAAAUUGUUUACGGCAUUCCAUUUUCUGAAGAUGAGCGCCAAAAUAUUAAGCUCAUGAUCCAAAGUAAUUUAUAUGGUUAUCUUGGUUUACUGCUUGAAGAGCGUGAACGGUUUGAAGAAGAAAGUUUAAUUAAAAAGAAACGACAUUUCAUUGACCAAUGUAGUUCUUCAGAUAAUGCAGGUCAGGUGACCGAUAAAACAAUCUAUUCUAUUGGCCCCAGAUUGAAAGCUUUCUCGGACUGGCUUCUAAAGGUAAUAGAGUCUGGUAAUUUGGAAGCCAUAUUCCCAGCUGCCACACGUGAAUAUGCACUAUUUGUUGAGGACUUGUGGAAUGAUGCAGCCAUCCAAGCCACGUAUAGCCGCAGGCAUGAAUUUGAAUCUCUACCUAGAGUUGCCACUUAUUUCCUAGAACGGGCUGUUGAGAUUUCAAAGACAGACUAUGAGCCUUCUGAUAUGGACAUCUUGUAUGCUGAGGGCAUAACAUCAUCUCGAGGGCUUUCUAGCGUGGAGUUUUCAUUUCCUAUGCCAGAUGAUGACAGCUAUGAACAUGAUGAGGAUGAUCCUUUGAUGAGGUACCAACUCAUCAGAGUGCACCCAAAAAUCCUUGGAGGAAACUGCAAAUGGUUGGAAAUGUUUGAAGAUGUCGACAUGGUCUUAUUUUGUGUUUCGUUGAUCGACUACGAUGAGUUUGUCGAAGACAGUAAUGGGGUUCAGACUAACAAGAUGAUGGCAAGCAAGCAUCUAUUUGAAAGCAUUGUUACUCAUCCAACUUUUGAAGAUAAGAAGUUUCUUCUUAUACUGAACAAAUUUGAUUUGCUAGAAGAAAAGAUUGAACAGACUCCACUCACUCGCUGCGAAUGGUUUAAUGACUUCAAUCCAGUGAUUGGUCAUAAUCCCAACACCUGCAGCACCAGCACAUCUAAAAGCACGAACCCUUCGUUAGCUCAACGCGCAUUCCAAUAUAUCGCAGUUAAGUUUAAGAGAUUGUUCCAUUCUCUUACUGAUGAGAAGCUGUUUGUUUCACUAGUUACAGCAUUGGAGCCUGCUAAUGUUAAUGAAGCUCUUAUGUAUGCAAGGGUGAUUCUGAACUGGGAUCAAGAGGAUCCCAUUGAAAUGUCUUCUGCAAGCAUUGAGGAAGCUUCUGCUAGCCUUGAAGCCAGUUCAUCCUCUUGAUCAACUGUACUAUAUUUACACCAAGUGAUGGAGGUAAGGGGCAGGAUGGGAAAAAUUAUAAAUAUAGAUGUGUGUGUCAAAUUUUGAUUUUGGUCCCCUAAAAAUAUCAGGCAGGAGUUGCAGCUCCCUCAUUGUUUUCAGUUGUAGAGAGGCUACAUGAAUUUUUUACAAUUGGGUCAAUAAAUUUUGACUUUAUUGUUAAUUAACUCCAAUUGAACAAAUUCUGAUCAUUCUGUGAAUGGAAGUGUCUUGGUCA